CUUAUCUACUUAUUCUACAAUGCUUAGAGUUGGAUAGAGCGACUGAACGAGAAUUAUACACUAGAAAGCAGAAAUGUUGAGCCUUUCUAUAACUAGUUUCUCUCCGAAACCAUUAUCUCCGGUCCCCAAAUCAAGUUUCUCCGGCAUUCAAAUCCGCCACACAUGUUCUAUUCCAAUGCGGGUACCCGUCAAAACGACAUGGUCAUUUUCUGGAAAGCCGUUAGUAAUAACGAUGUCGAAGAGACAAGAAGAACUGAAGGAAAUUAGAGAAAUGAGUACUGAACAGAUUAAUGAAGAGGUUGUUGAUCUUAAAGGCGAGCUUUUUAUGCUUAGGCUUCAAAAAUCUGCUCGUAAUGAGUUUAAAUCUAGUGAGUUUCGCCGUAUGCGCAAAAGGAUUGCUCGCAUGCUUACUGUUAAAAGGGAAAGAGAGAUUGAGGAGGGAAUCAACAAGAGGCUGUCAAGAAAGUUCGACAGGCAAUGGAAGAAAAGUAUUGUUGUGAGACCGCCUCCAUCUUUGAAGAAACUGCAAGAGGAAGAGGCAGCUGCAGAAGCAGAGAAAUCUGCAUAAGCCAAUGUAUGCAUUUCUCAAUGAAUAUGCUGUGCUUUCAUGAUAUAGACUGCUCCUGAAAUCAUUUCUUAGUUUUUUUGCUAGACAAUUUUUGUCUAUAAUAUGAUGUUUGUAUUUAUGUUCCAUGUGUCCCCCUCUGUUGAACAAUUCCUUUUAUCAUUGUUUCUAUAUAAUUCAUCCUUCUUUUUGGCACAGCACUA